AACUACAAGAUCAAAUCGGCCAACAAAAAACAAGACCAAAGAACCCAAAAGAAAUAAAAAUAAUUAAAGACCUUGGAUUCUAUCCAACAAGGAGGUCUAAAGGGGUGCACCGCUCACACCAAUCCACAAGUAAAACUUGGACCAAAAGAAACUAUUAAGAAUGUGACGCUACUAAAACAAUGGACUUUACUAUGAACUUUAGAUUUUCAAAAGCAAGCUAAAGUAUCUGGAUUAACAAAAGAUUAAUCUUGUUCCGUUGUUAAGAACUUGGAAACAGAUUCGGUUUGGGUGCACAUUUAACGGUUCAACCUGACAAUCACCCGAAGACAGAAUCCUCUUACAAAAUGUCUACUUCAUGUUUUUGCAUUUCUCCCUCUCCUCCUCUUCUCUUCAUUCCACUGAAGCAAUGCUAGCUCCCUCUUUCCCCAACAACAUCCCUUCUCACCUUGGUCUCAGGCUUCUCAGGGCAGCCUUAAAUGUCCGAGAUUUCAAGCGUGCCCACCAACUAUUCGACAAUAUUCUUCAACCAGACCCCACAACUUGUUCAACUCUGAUUUCAGCUUUAACCACUCACGGACUUCCAAAUGAGGCCAUAAAGAUCUACGCUUCAUUUCGGGCACGUGGGAUUAAUCCCCACAAGCAAGUCUUCUUGGCUGUUGCCAAAGCUUGUGCCGUUUCUGGUGAUGUCUUGAGAGUCAAGGAAGUUCAUGAUGAUGCGGCUCGGUGUGGGGUGAUGUCUGAUGUUUUCAUUGCCAAUGCAUUGAUUCAUGCAUAUGGUAAGUGUAAAUGCGUUGAUGGUGCAAGACGUGUUUUUGAUGAUUUGGUUGUUAGAGAUGUGGUUACUUGGACCUCAUUGUCUUCCUGCUAUGUUAAUUGUGGAUUUCCGCGGAAGGGUUUGAAUGUUUUACGUGAAAUGGGAUGGAAUGGGGUGAAACCAAAUCCGGUGACUCUGUCUAGUAUUUUGCCUGCUUGCUCGGAAUUGAAAGAUCUGAAAUCGGGUAAAGGAAUUCAUGGAUUUGUGGUGAGACAUGGGAUGAUAGAAAAUCUGUUUGUUUGCAGCGCACUUGUGAGCUUGUAUGCAAAAUGUCUAAGUGUAAGAGAAGCCCGAGCAGUAUUUGAUUUAAUGCCUCGUCGAGAUGUUGUGUCUUGGAAUGGAGUUUUAACAGCAUAUUUCACAAAUAAAGAAUAUGAGAAGGGUUUCUCCCUGUUUUUGCAGAUGAGCAGAGAUGGAGUCAAAGCAGAUGAAGCUACAUGGAAUGCUGUUAUUGGUGGAUGCAUGGAGAAUGGACGAAUAGAGGAGGCAGUGGAGAUACUUAGGAAGAUGCAAAAAAUGGGAUUUAAACCUAAUGAAAUAACAAUUAGUAGUAUCUUACCAGCUUGCUCUUUUUCAGAAAGCUUGAGAAUGGGCAAGGAGAUACACUGUUAUGUCUUCAGGCAUUGGAAAGUUGGAGACUUGACAAGCACAACAGCUCUAUUAUAUAUGUAUGCUAAAUGCGGCGACUUGAAUCUUUCAAGGAAUGUCUUUAAUAUGAUGCGUAGAAAAGAUGUUGUUGCUUGGAACACAAUGAUCAUUGCAAAUGCGAUGCAUGGGAAUGGAAAAGAAGUGCUUUUUCUCUUUGAUAAGAUGCUACUAUCAAGGAUCAAGCCUAAUUCUGUUACUUUUACUGGUGUUCUAUCUGGUUGUAGCCAUUCAAGGCUAGUAGAGGAAGGAGUUCAAAUAUUCAAUUCAAUGGGUAGGGAUCAUCUUGUAGAACCUGAUGCUAAUCACUAUUCGUGUGUGGUUGAUAUCUAUAGCCGUGCUGGUCGCCUCAACGAGGCAUAUGAGUUUAUUCAGAGAAUGCCUAUGGAACCAACUGCUAGUGCUUGGGGAGCACUCCUUGGUGCUUGUAGGGUUUAUAAGAAUGUGGAGUUGGCGAAAAUUUCAGCUAAGAAACUAUUUGAGAUUGAGCCAAACAACCCUGGAAAUUAUGUUUCUUUAUUCAACAUUCUUGUUUCUGCCAAAUUGUGGAGUGAAGCUUCAAAAAUCAGAAUAUUGAUGAAAGAAAGAGGAAUUACAAAAACACCAGGAUGUAGUUGGCUUCAAGUGGGAAAUAGAGUUCACACUUUUGUUGUUGGAGACAAAAAUAAUAUGGAAAGUGAUAAAAUCUAUAACUUUUUGGAUGAGUUGGUUGAGAAAAUGAAAAUGGCUGGAUAUAAGCCCGACACUGAUUAUGUUCUGCAAGAUAUUGAUCAAGAGGAAAAAGCUGAAAGUCUUUGUAACCAUAGUGAGAAGCUUGCUGUUGCUUUUGGGAUACUUAAUUUGAAUGGACAGUCGACCAUACGGGUUUUUAAAAAUUUGAGAAUAUGUGGUGAUUGUCACAAUGCAAUUAAGUAUAUGUCUAAGGUUGUUGGUAUUGUGAUUGUUGUCAGAGACUCCUUGAGGUUUCAUCACUUCAAAAAUGGAAAUUGUUCCUGUAAAGACUUAUGGUGAUUAUUUGAAUCAGAUUAUUGGGAUUAACUGGUGACAGUGAUCCUAUCUGAGCCUGUCAAACUCAAA